CGCCCCCCUUCGCUCGCCCCCGGCGCAUGCGCACAACCUCACAUGGCUCCAAGAUGGCCGACACGGCGUCUGGCGGCUCCGGCACGAGGUCGGGCAGCAAGCAGCCCACGACGCCCGCGGACAACUACUACCUGGCGCGGCGGCGGACGCUGCAGGUGGUGGUGAGCUCGCUGCUCACCGAGGCCGGCUUCGAGAGCGCCGAGAAGGCCGCCGUGGAGACCCUCACCGAGAUGCUGCAGAGCUAUAUUUCUGAAAUUGGAAGAAGUGCCAAGUCCUACUGCGAACACACAGCCAGGACGCAGCCGACGCUCUCUGACAUAGUGGUUACCCUGGUCGAAAUGGGGUUCAAUGUAGAAACACUUCCUGCGUAUGCCAAGCGCUCCCAGAGGAUGGUCAUCACUGCCCCUCCUGUGACAAACCAGCCCGUGACUCCCAAAGCCCUGACAGCUGGACAGAACAAGCCACAUCCAUCCCACAUCCCUGGCCACUUCCCUGAGUUUCCAGAUCCUCACACCUACAUCAAGACGCCAACAUAUCGGGAGCCAGUUUCUGAUUAUCAGGUCCUACGGGAAAAGGCAGCAUCUCAAAGACGCGAUGUAGAAAGGGCUCUCACACGCUUCAUGGCAAAGACGGGGGAAACGCAGAGUCUCUUCAAAGACGAUGUUAGCACAUUCCCAUUGAUUGCUGCCAGGCCUUUCACAGUACCCUACCUGACCGCUCUUCUUCCCUCUGAGCUGGAAAUGCAGCAAAUGGAAGAAACGGAUUCAUCUGAACAAGACGACCAGACAGAUACAGAGAACCUCCCCCUGCACAUGAGCACGGAUGAUUCAGGACCUGAAAAAGAAAACGCUUCAGUGCUACAGCAGAACACCUCCCUAUCAGGCAGCCGGAACGGGGAGGAGAAUGUGAUUGACAAUCCUUACCUCCGGCCAGUGAAGAAGCCCAAGAUCCGCAGAAAGAAGUGAAGUGUAGCCAGCUGAGUGCUCAGAGGAAGAGGAGCCCAGUUCUCUGGCUGUCCUGGGGGGUCACCUCUGCUGCUGUGGGCGAGAGGCAUGGCACAACACAGGAGGGCAAUCAGGCUGGUAGAGCAGCAGAAGCAGAAAUACGAUCUCUCUCUCCUACACUCUCAUCCUGGUUUGCAGUGCUCCCUCUUCUCCUCCGCUCCUGCUGACUUAGAAUGGUGAAGAGUCAAUUGCCUUAGAAGUGUUGGAGGCCACCUGGUUACAGAUGGGAACUGUCUCGUUUAUUUUGGUUCCUUCUCCCUGUUGACUGGAUUUACUGUCUAAGGAGAAGGGGCACACGGCUUCUUGCUUCCUAGUGCUUCCCAGCAGGCGCUACAGAAUACAGGAGCAUAAUUUGUUUGUGGCUGUCUCCCAGGUUAGAAGAGAAACUUCUGCAAUUGACCCUGUCUGGCCUUACAAUCUAAGGAGCACGUGUAACAGAGACAGAAAAAGUCCAGAGAGGUUUUCUGUUUUUAAACUGUCUUUGUAUUGUUGGCAGGUAAAAGCAAAUAGACUCUUCUUUUAUAAACUGAAGGCGUCUGAUAUGUUGGUAAGAGAGCAAACUGUAAAUACAGAGCUAAGAUGGCGUUUUGUGUUCGCUUUCCUGACUGCAGCUGCACUUCUAACCUAAAAGCGCUAAGUGUAGUGUUUACACUGCGCUGCUUUGAGUCUCUUUUCCAGCAGUAGGAACAGUAAGGUUUAACAGCUGCUGCAGGCCAUUUCUCACUCCCAUUGUUAGUUUCAACACAGCACAAAUCCUUCGAGACUUCAUGCCUUCACCAGCUGUUUGAAAGAUGCCGUGCUGAAAAUCUUGGAAUAUGGGAUAAGGCUGUAUUGAUUACAGUCCGGAGGGCCAUUCUAUUGAUCAUAGUUUCUUAUUUUGUCUUUUCUCAGAUACGGGCUUUUAUCCACAGAAUUCUCCCCCCACCCCCUGCCUUCUACCCCUCUCCCAAGCAGAAGCCUUCUUUUCAGCAGUGAAAAUGAAUGAUGAUGGGAAUAUUGUAAUCGUUAGCUGGUGUUGGAGGCCUUUCCUUUAAUCUUCAUUCAACCUUUACUUGGGCAAAAUAUGGGUUGACUUUCUUUGACAAAAGGCUCUUGUUUUGUCCAGGCUCCCAAGCAUGAUUAAAUGAUGUGGAUUCAGUAGUCCCUACUACCAGUCAGCUUUGUCUCAUUCAUGUUAGUUUAAAAUUGCUUUAAGCAGUAGUUAAGACUACAUCUUUCUUGUAGAUCAAACUUGGUGCUGAGAGAGGCAGCAAAGGCCUGCUACAAAUUGCCAGACUGCUCCUUGCUUCCCGGAGCAGCAGCUGAGCGCAGGAAGUCUGUUGCCGUCAAGGGGCAGAUCAGAGUUACGUGUAUAUGUGUUCACCUCAGUUCAGUGAAGCAGUUCUUGCAGGCCUCCCUCUUCCCCGCUUGGCAUCGCUCAGGGAGGAGGUAGAAACGGAGGAGGAAUUGUUUCAGUGGAAACAGAGGCAUUGCUGCCAAACAAUCUGAAAUGACAUCUCUAGCAAGAGUCCUGCGUGUGCCAUUAUCAUUCCUGCUGGUGCCUUGGUUGUACAAAAUAAUGAAUGUACAGAGAUACAUUGUGUAUGUAUGUAUAUAUAAAAAUUUAUAUCUAUUUUUCUUGGAUUACGCAUUUUUCAUAAUUACAAAAUCCCUCGCUGGGUAGGGGAAAAAUGUAGAGUGAAAAUAGUAAUUUUUAUGUUCAUAAUAAAAGAAAUUUUAUGUCCUACAAGCAAAA